AUGAGUAAUUUACGCAUACAGGAUGUGGCAUCAAAAAUAGGUAUAGAUCUUUUUAAUCCUAGUUUAUUAGAAAAAGUAUCAAAUCAGUUACCCAGUGAUAAUCUCACUUUUAGACCACUUAAUAGUAGAGAUUAUGAUAAAGGUUUCUUACAACUCUUAGAACAAUUAACUAAAGUAGGAAAUGUAACACAGGAUCAAUUUUUAAAUUGUUUUUGUAAUAUGAAAACUUCUGGAGGAUAUUAUAUUGUUGUUGUAGAAGAUUUAAAUUGUGGAAAAGUUAUUGGUAGUGCUACACUUGUAAUUGAGCAAAAAUUUAUUCAUAAUUGUGGAUUGCAUGGGCUUCUAGAAGAUGUUGUAGUCAACAGUGAAUAUAGAGGUAAACAACUUGGUAAACUCAUUGUAGCAGCUAUAAAGCAAAUAGCAACCACUUUAAAAUGUUAUAAACUUACACUUAACUGCCAAGAUCAUCUCAUACCGUUUUAUGAAAAUUUAGGUUUUAAAAGAGAAACUGGAAAUGCUAAUUCUAUGCAUGUACGAUUUAUCAAUGAUAAUCCAGUCGAACAGUCGCGACUAUAAAAAAAACUAAAAAUUUGUUUUAAAUUGCU